UUUCCUUCGUUGGAUAGACCCGGCGCUGCGCACACGUGACCGUCUCAUCCGGGUCUUUGCGUUCUUUCACACUCGGCCCAACAUGGCAGCUCCAGGCAAGAAGAAGACCAAGAAGGGAAAGACUUUUACCCUCACUGACUUCCUAGCGGAGGAUGGAGGUAAUACCGGUAGUGGAGGUGGUGGAGGUGGCGGAGGUGGCAGCACCUUUGUACCCAAACCUGUAAGCUGGGCAGAUGAGACUGAUGAUUUGGAGGGAGAUGUCUCCACAACAUGGCAUAGUAAUGAAGAUGAUGGGUACAGAAAUCCCCACAUUGAUCGUUCAAUCCUUCCCACGGCCCCCCGAGCUGCGCGUGAACCUGAUGUAGAUCGAAGUCGCCUGCCGAAAAGUCCUCCCUUCACUGCCUUCCUUGGAAACCUUCCUUAUGAUGUGACUGAAGAAUCCAUUCAAAAGUUCUUCAGGGGCUUGAAUGUAAGGUCAUGUGACGCUGUUCGUCUGCCCCGUGAACCCAGCAAUCCUGAGCGAUUAAAAGGGUUUGGUUACGCAGAGUUUGAUGACUUGGACUCUCUUCUGCGGGCUUUGAGUCUUAACGAGGAAUCUCUAGGAAACAGGAGGAUAAGAGUGGACGUAGCUGACCAAGCACAGGACAAAGAUCGAGAUGAUCGCUCAUUUGGCCGAGAUCGCGACCGCAAUAGAGACUCUGACAAAACGGAUUCUUCUGACUGGAGGGCACGUCCCACCACAGAUGCGGAUGACCCUCCUCCACGCCGCGAAGAGGGCUUCGGAGACCGUUAUCGAAAUGACCGCAAUGACCGCUAUGAGUCAGACCGUUAUCGUGAUGGCCCACGCAGGGAUGACCGAUAUGAUCGUGACAGAGGAAGGGAUCGCUAUGAUGACCGUGAUUGUAGGGAUUAUUAUAGAGCCAAAUCAGGCUUUGACUCCCGGGGAGGUAGUGGAAGGCGAGCAUUUGGCAGCGGGUACCGUCGAGAUGAUGAUUUCAGAGGUGGUGGUGGAGGAGCAGGAGAUCGAUAUGGUGAUAGGUAUGAUGAUCGGCGUGAUGACCGGCGUGAAGAUCGGCGAGAUGAUAGGUCGGACAAGUGGAAUGGUUCUUCCAGAAACGAAGAAGAAAGGGGUCCUGUGCAGAGGCCAAGGCUGAAUCUCAAACCUCGUACAGCACCCAAAGAGGAAGUUACCGGUGGUGCUCCAGCACCCUCCACUCGAGCUGCAUCAAUAUUUGGGGGUGCCAAGCCUGUGGACACAGCUGCCCGAGAACGGGAGGUAGAAGAAAGAUUGCAGAAAGAACAGGAAAAAAUGCAGCGUCAUUUGGAGGAUGACCGACCUCGACAACUAGACCGGAAGCCACGGGAAAGGCAUCCAAGCUGGCGAAGUGAAGAAAACCAAGAACGGUCCAGGACUGGAAGUGAGUCGUCUCAAACAGGCAUCAGUGGAUCAUCAGCAAGGAUCUCACGACGGAGGGAAAGCGAGAAAUCUGUAGAGAAUGAAGUGUUUGGAAAAGAUGAGGAGCCUCCUAACUUGAAGUCCCCUAAAUCUGAUUCCCAGAUCCCUAUAAAGGUUAUGCCUGCUCCACCUCCCAAGGAGAAUGCAUGGGUGAAGCGUAGUACAGCACCUGCCCCAACACGCUCUCUCAGUUCAGAGUCCUCUCAGAGUGGAGGAGAAAGACAUGAUUCAGAAAGGCGGCAGUCUGGGAAUGGGCAAAGAGCAGAUGAGAACAAAUUAGAUGGUGUGGACCAUGGAACGAAUUCUAGUGGACGUGGCAUGGGAGAUCGUAACAACGUGUCUGAUGGGUAUAUUGAGGCGGAUUUGGGGAUCGAGUCGGAGCCAAGGAGGAUGGACGAGCAGGGAGCUAAAUUCACUCACGCAAGUAAAUACGCAGCAUUGUCCAUGGAUGGAGAAGAGGAGGCUGAAGAAUACGCAGACUAACUUGGAGAAGAAUACCUGUGUCCAUUUGGAUUCCUUCCUCCCUGUCCUUUUAAUCUCCCGUAUUCCAUAACUCAUUGGCAUAAGCCAGAGCAAGAAAAGCAACACCCCUUCUGGCUCUGUCCCCUCUAAAUAUAAAAGCAGUCCAACUUUGACACCUCUGACAAUUAUCUUCAGUUAGAAACACAAUGAGCUGUUUGUUCUCUUGCAUUGUGCUGCAGCUUUUU